GGACAACUGCGCAUGACUUUCCGACUGUUCUCUCUUUUAUGUCUCUAAAAACUUAACAGCGAGAUAACUAACAUACAAAACAAAUUGUAUGUUCCGUUGAUAAAAAAAAAAGCUAAACUCCGACAUGGCCCUACUGAAAGUAUGGACGUCGCCGAGACUUUUAAACAGAUGUCUACAAGAGGUGGUUGCCCAGAGGCAUUUCCUUGCUGCAUCAACUCUACACACAGCGACCACCCAGCACAACUCCAACAAGACAUCAAUUGUACGAUGCAGUCGACAGAAGUAUGAAAGAAUGUUUCCUGUGUUGCUCAUACAACCGGACGGUUCCACAAUUAACAUUAGGUACAAGAAGCCCAAGAGGAUACUCAUGAUGCCUGUGGACAUCAGUACACUCUCAGAGUAAGAAAGGAAAAUCAGGAUGCGGAAGCGGGAUCCCAAGAAGGGAGUUGUUAAGCAGAGGACGGUGGAAUUCAAAGACGAUUUCAAAGUGGAUGAUUACAGCAAGUUUUGGAGAAGUUAUAGAGCCUGUUGUAGUUAUUUAACUUUACUGUUCUGCCUUGACUGUGUGUGUAUAUAUAAUAUUAUUUGUAGAUGUACAUCUUUAUCCCAUAUUGGUAAUAAAAUAAUAAAUUUUAUUCACUUAGCUACAUAUAUAAUUUUGUGACCAUAUGUUUUUUUAUUUUUUUAUUAUGAACACAACAAAUACAAAUUACAGAAAUAUACCAACAAGAGUACAUAAACCUAACAGACGGGUAUUACAUAUCGAGAUUAAUUUUCAAUUUCGCAAACACUUUUAUGGUGCGUAUUCUUUUUUUGUUUUUACAUUUACUCUUCAUUUCAAAAUAAUAUUUAAAGUCUAUCUUAAAUAAUGUGAAGAGGGGUUUGUUCUCUGCCCACUUCAUUUUAUGGAUAAACAAAUGAACACUGAAAGUUAUGUCAGGUUCCAUAUCAUUUGGAUCAAAAUAAAACCUUAUCAGAUUCUCUCAGAUUAACAUUAAUAGUCGUUUCUUUUCAAAUUAAAUCUUCUAACUCACUCCAAAAUCUUCUAACAUAAGAACAGUCCCAAAAUAAAUGGU